AUGAGACAUUCACCCUCCCCAUCUCCUACGACAGACCUCUCCAUAUUCGGUCCUUCCGCCGAUAUCCGGCUCCGGACGAACGACCAUCAUUCCAACAGCCGCACUAGCAAUGCUUCGCCUAUCGAUGUCCUGGCGCACAAAUAUGUCCUCUCUCGCGCCUCUCCUUUCUUCAACGAUAUGUUCACCCUCUACGAAAACUAUCAUGAGCCUGUGCCGGUGUAUGAGAGUGCAUGGGUCCUAAUCACUGUGUUGAGAUUUGUCUUCGACCCGCGUUCGACGUAUACUAUUCCUUCAUUAUCAGCCCUUGUCCCACUCCUCUCCGCCUCACAGAAAUGGCUCCUCGCACGUCCUCUCAAGGCUCUCCGCGCCAUGCUUGUCCACCCGAAUUUCCUCGCAACGGAACCGUUAAGGAUAUUCGCUAUUGCUACACGGUUCGAGUUUGACGAGGAAGCGAGAAUAGCGAGCGAGUGGGUUCUGAGGACGGGAGCGUUGGGCGAUGGGAUCCCAGAAGAGUUGAAAUGGGUCACUGCGUUCGCGUUCUGGGAGUUGCAGAGGCUGCAUCGCAGACGGGUGAAUGCGGCGUGCGAAAUCCUACGCUGGCCUGAAACCUACCCGCUCUCGUCUGCCCCCAUCGCCCAUUCCUCCAACAACCCAGGCCACUUCCCUUCCUUUAUCUCCUCUACCAUUUCAACGUCUUUUUCUGCUCAACCAUCCGCCUCCCGCUUCGACCCAACCGCCGCCCCACUCGUCCCUCCCAUUUGCAUGCAAUGCUCCGCCCGGGGCUUUGGCUCCCUCUCGCAUGCCACGCCACGCUGGUGGGAAGAGUGGCGGUCGAAAGCCAUUGUCGAGCUGAGGAAGAGGCCGGUCAGCGCAGAGAGUGGGAUCUUUGACAUGAAGUUCCUUUUCGGUUGUGCUAAGAGGAGUGGGUGCGUCAGAUGUUGCGAGAGCGUGUUGGGGAGUUGGGCGUACCUUGAGGGGGUGAGGGCGAGGAUUGAUGCAUUAGAGGGGAGGAUCGAGCUCUGA